GUCAUAGACCUCCCACUUUCUCCAGCACCUUCUUCCUUCAAGCCAGCUCCCCUCCGUUCACUACCCUGUCUCAUGAUUUCUCUUUGUGUCCUCCAAACAUGCAGGAAUGAUCUGCCCUCAAGGCACACACACCCCUCCACCAGCUCUCCAGCAUGUGGGGUUUUCCUCCCUCCAGGGCUACCCUGUACAGUGUCCGAAGAGACUUCUCUGGGGUCACCCUAAGGGCUUCCUCUGUCUCCCUUGUCCUGACUUCUUAGGGCCCUUCCUCCUUCCUGAACGCUCUCCUCUCUCAUUUCCACUCCUCUCCUCGUGCUCUUUGGGUUUCUCUCAGGCCCUCAUCCACCCCCACACCCGCCCUGGGCCUGAUACCCUCCCAGAGGCUUCCAACUCCUCACCUCUGGAUGACAAUUCUCAAAUUCUUUUUUGGGUCCACGAGGGAAUCCAGUGGCCUCUGCGUGCCUCCCCUGGGACAACUCCUGGGCACUAGGAGAAUGUGUGGGGUGGUGGUUCAGAGCUUGGCUCUAGACCAUACUUCUCAGGGUCAAAGCCUGUCUCUAGCACCCAACUUUUUUCUUCAAUUAAAUGGAGCUAUUAAAAUGUCUGCUGUAAGGAUCAGAUUAGGCUUCAAAAGCACUCAAUAUUAAAUUCCCUAACCCGACCCUAGCAUCCUCUCCUCCAAAGUGCUCCUGUCCCUGUCCCCAUUUCAGGGACCAUCCUACCUUGUCCUGGACAGCUCCCUCCCUCCCCCAAAACCUGUCAGUCCCUUGGCCUGGCCUCCUGGCCUCCUGGCCUCCUGGAUGAGACGUCUCAUCCAGAAGCCUCUUCCCUGACUCCCCAACCUCUCCCACCUGGGCCCUGCUCCAGGCUCUGGGCCUCCACUCUUGCCUCCUAAUUCACCUUUCUUCACACAGUAGCUUUCUGACACUCAAAUCUGAUCCUUCCCUCAAAAGCCCUUCUGUGGCUCCCCAGUGCCCUCAGAACAAUGUCCAACCUCCUUAGCUUGGCAUUCAAGACCUUUUACAACCCGGGUCUGCCUCAGCCACAUCUUUCCCCAUGUCAGACAGAGGCUGGGGCAGGUAUUUUCUGACACACACACACACACACACACACACACACACCCCACACCCUAGUUCGGAAAACCUGCCUUUUCUCACCUCUGGGAAUGUCCCAUGCUUCUUCCUUCAGACACCCCUCAGUGGACCCUUUACCUAUCUGACCUCUUCAAGAUUCCGCCCCGGGGCGGGGGAGGGGGCUUGACCUGCCACCCCACCCCCCAUUCCAGCCAGGGGCUCAGGUCUCCAACAACAGAACCAGAGCCACUCAGCAACGCUGGAACCCAUUUGGGGGGGCCUGGGGCCCCUCGUCCCAAGCCAGGAGGGCUUUGGGGGAGGGGUGCAACGCUUGGUGUAUUCCCUGUGUGGCCCAGGAGGCUGCGAGGUGCCCGGGAGGUGAGGGCAAGCCUCGCAGGGGUAGGCACUAGUGCCGUUCUCUUUCCGCCGCUGGGGGUACCUCGGGGACGGAGGCAGAGGGCGUCCAGGAGGCCUCGAAGACAGAGCUUGUGGGGCAGAGGUGGUGGCAGGGCAGUGUCUGGUGGCAGGGGCGCCAUGGCCACCAUCCAGUCGGAGACCGACUGUUACGACAUCAUUGAGGUGCUGGGCAAGGGCACCUUUGGGGAGGUGGCCAAGGGCUGGCGGCGAAGCACGGGCGAGAUGGUGGCCAUCAAGAUCCUGAAGAAUGACGCCUACCGCAACCGCAUCAUCAAGAACGAGCUGAAGCUGCUGCGCUGCAUGAGGGGCCUGGACCCUGAGGAGGCCCACGUCAUCCGCUUCCUUGACUUCUUCCACGAUGCCCUCAAGUUCUACCUGGUGUUUGAGCUGCUGGAGCAGAACCUUUUUGAAUUCCAGAAGGAAAACAACUUUGCGCCCCUCCCUGCCCGCCACAUCCGCACCGUCACCCUGCAGGUGCUCAGAGCCCUGGCCCGGCUCAAGGAGCUGGCCAUCAUCCACGCCGAUCUCAAGCCUGAGAACAUCAUGCUGGUGGACCAGACCCGCUGCCCCUUCAGGGUCAAGGUGAUUGACUUUGGCUCGGCCAGCAUUUUCAGCGAGGUGCGCUAUGUGAAGGAGCCAUACAUCCAGUCGCGCUUCUAUAGGGCCCCCGAGAUUCUGUUGGGGCUGCCCUUCUGCGAGAAAGUGGACGUGUGGUCACUGGGCUGCGUCAUGGCUGAGCUGCACCUGGGCUGGCCGCUCUACCCUGGCAACAACGAGUAUGACCAGGUGCGCUACAUCUGUGAGACCCAGGGCCUGCCCAAGCCCCACCUGCUGCACGCGGCCCGCAAGGCGCACCACUUCUUCAAGCGCAGCCCCCACCCUGACACCACCAACCCCUGGCAGCUCAAGUCCUCGGCUGACUAUCUGGCCGAGACCAAGGUGCGCCCACUGGAGCGCCGCAAGUACAUGCUCAAGUCCCUGGACCAGAUUGAGACAGUGAAUGGCGGCGGGGCAGCUGGUCGGCUAGCCUUCCAGGAUAGGGAGGCCCUGGCUGAGCACGCCGACCUCAAGAGCAUGGUGGAGUUGAUUAAGCGCAUGCUGACCUGGGAGUCGCACGAACGCAUCAGCCCCAGCGCUGCCCUGCGCCACCCCUUCGUGUCCAUGCAGCAGCUGCGCAGCGCCCACGAGACCACCCGCUACUACCAGCUGUCGCUGCGCAGCUGCCGCCUCUCACUGCAGGUGGAGGGCAAGCCCCCCACACCUGUGGUGGCUGCUUCGGAAGAUGGGCCCCCCUACUACCGUCUGGCCGAGGAGGAGGAGGCAGUGGGCCUGGGCAGUGUGGCGGGCAGCGGGUCCUUCUUCCGCGAGGAGAAGGCACCGGGCAUGCAAAGGGCCAUCGACCAGCUGGACGACCUGAGUCUGCAGGAGGCGGGCCACGGGCUGUGGGGCGAGGCCUCCAGCGCGCUGGGCCCGCUCAAGGCAGCCGUGGCUGGCCUCCGGGUGCCCGACUCGGGCCCUGAGCCCAUCCUGGCCUUCUACGGGAGCCGCCUGGUUGGCCGCCACAAGGCCCGCAAGCCGCCCACGGGCUCCAAGUCUGACUCCAACUUCAGCAACCUCAUCCGGCUGAGCCAGGCCUCACCCGAGGAAGACGGGCCCUGCCGGGGCAGCGGCUGGGCAGAGGGAGAGCGCCGCGGGGCAUCCGCCAAGCCCCCCACCAUCCCGAAGCGGGAUGGAGAUGGGCCAGACAUCAAGGACAUGACCAUGGAUGCUGAGAGGCCAAGCCCUGAGCUCUUCGACCCCAGCAGCUGUCCUGGGGAAUGGCUGAGUGAGCCGGACUGGACCCUGGAGGGCAUCAGGGGCCCAAGGGCUCAGGGGCUCCCAUCCCGCCAUGCCCACCCGCAUGGUCCACCCCGGGCCACCAGCUUUCUGCAGCACGUCGGCGGGCAGCAUUGAUGGUGACCCCACCUCUACCCAUCACUGGUGGCUGAGCUAGCUGGGCUGGCAUCCCUUCCUCGGAGCCAUCCUAUGAACCCACAAAUUCUUACAGAAAGAUAAUUAUCCAGUAAUUCCCAUUCCCCCCACCAACAGUGCAUGCCUGCACACACCCCAAACACAGGAGGGCCUUGGUGUCUGGCCUGCUGCCACCACAGUCAGAGGGACACAGAAAGGUGGCUGCACCCUGUUGGCCCUAAGCAGGUUCUUGGCCCUAUUGUCUUUGCCUAUUUCAAUAAAGAACUGUUCA